GCUUGGAAGGCGAUGUUUCCAUCUGCGCGGGGCGCCGGGGCUGUAGGUGCGGGUGACACAGCGAGAGGCCGGGCCGGCCGCUCGGCCUGGGCAGCGCCGCCGCCUCGGGCAGCCGCGGGGGAAAGAUGUCGGUGGCGGGGCUCAAGAAGCAGUUUCACAAAGCCAGCCAGAUGCAAAUAAAAAAGGUACUUGAAGGUGACCUGACUUCAAGGUUAAGAAGUUGGUCAGUGGCAGAACCAAAAGUAGAUUAUGUGUUUCCAGACUAUAGAUGCAAUGUCCAGUCAUUAGAAAUUCUGCUUUCAAACUUUGUUGGGGUUUGAAAAGUUGUUCAGUGAAAAAAUAAGUGGAGCAGAGGGAACAAAGUUAGAUGAAGAAUUUCAAGAGAUGGAAAGGAAAAUUGAUGUUACUAAUAAAGCUGUAACAGAGCUUCUGUCCAAGUCCACAGAGUAUCUUCAGCCAAAUCCAGCAUACAGAGCCAAGCUGGGAAUGCUGAACACUAUGUCAAAGAUCAGAGGACAAGUUAAAACCACAGGCUAUCCCCAGACAGAGGGACUCCUAGGAGACUGCAUGAUACGGUAUGGCAGAGAGCUUGGCGAUGAUUCUAUGUUUGGCCUUGCACUACUGGAUGCUGGUGAGAGCAUGAAGCAAAUGGCGGAGGUGAAGGACUCGCUUGAUAUUAACGUCAAACAAAAUUUUAUUGAUCCUCUACAGUUACUGCAGGACAAAGAUUUAAAAGAGAUUGGGCAUCAUUUGAAGAAACUAGAAGGACGCCGUUUGGAUUAUGAUUAUAAAAAGAAGCGUUUUGGAAAGAUACCAGAUGAAGAAGUUAAACAAGCAGUAGAAAAAUUUGAAGAGUCAAAGGAACUGGCUGAAAGAAGCAUGUUCAAUUUCUUAGAAAAUGAUGUAGAACAAGUUAGCCAGUUGGCUGUGUUUGUAGAAGCAGCACUAGAUUACCAUAAACAAUCCACAGAAAUUUUGGAGGAUCUGCAGAGCAAGCUGCAAAACCGAAUAAAUGUAGCAUCUAGUCGGCCUAAACGUGAAUUUAAGCCAAAGCCUGUAAUAACUACAACUCUGGAAAUUGGUGAUAAUCAGCAGCACAAUGGGAUUGCCUAUAGUUCUUCCAUAAAAUCAUCAGGUUCUUCAAUGCACAUGGAUCAGCCUUGCUGCCAAGCUCUCUAUGACUUUGAGCCAGAAAAUGAAGGCGAGCUUGGGUUUAAGGAAGGGGACAUCAUAACUUUGACCAAUCAGAUUGAUGAGAAUUGGUAUGAGGGGAUGUUAAAUGGAGAGUCUGGCUUCUUCCCCAUUAAUUAUGUUGAAGUGAUGGUUCCCUUGCCUCAGUGAUUGUGUCAUUCAAGCUGUGAACAUGAUUUCAUGACUGAAAUGGAUGCACAAAUGUUCUGUCAGUGUGGCAUUCUGUGAAAGCCUUGCUAUUUGACUGACUUACUGACUUUUGUAUGCGUCUUUUUAAAAUGUAUUUAUUUUAUAUUCAAAAAAAUUUCACCUUCUUUGACUCAUCAACCUGCAAAAAAACCCAUACUCAGUUUUUUUGCUUUGUGCCUUGAAGAUCGCUGUAUGAAGUGUUUACUGGUAGCUCACUGUUGCUCCAAAAAUGCAUUUCCUUGCUAUUAUUGUAUAUGGAUUUUUUUUUAAUCUUUGGCUGCAAUGAUUUUACUAUUGAAAACCAUUUUUAAAAAUACUGUAAGUGAAGCUAACUGUAACCAGUUCCUAAGUUACUGAUGUCACUGAGCUCUCUUCAUCCACCACACUGUAAUUUAUUGUGAGCAAGUUAAUCCAUGUUUCACAUUGUAUGUUGACAAAAGGCAAAGUGGUUGUUGUCAAUAUUAUGAUGUUGUUGUACUAAGUACAAGUUCUCAGCAUUGAAAUUCCUAUAAUUUACUGACCAAACUGAAUAAAUAUUUCUGUGGGAUAAGAA